AUGGACUCAAAACUUCCUACUGGAAGUCUCGACGGCGCAGCAGAUUUACCCAAGAAAAGGGAACCGGGCCUCCAUGCCGUUCACUCUUUUGGAGAAGGCCAGAUUCAAGAGGAUGUUGAGAAAUCAGGCAAUCUGCAUCGGACAUUGACACCUCGUUUGAUUCAUGUCAUUUCCCUGGGCUCCAAUGUUGGCAGUGGCCUUUUUAUUGCUACAGGUAAAGCCCUGGCACAAGGAGGUCCAGGAAAUAUGGUGAUUGGCUAUCUCAUUGUUUGUAUCGGCGUAUGGGCCAAUCUUCAAACCCUAACGGAAAUGACAAUCGCAUUUCCUACAUCCGGCAACUAUAUCGACUAUGCCGAUCGUUGGGUUGAUCCUGCAUUGGCAUUUGGGGCGGGAUUGGCUGAAUGGCUAGGGUGGACGUCGGUUUUCGCAUCCGAGGCUACAUUUUUCGUGGUUCUGGUCAAUUUCUGGGCUAAAGGGGUUAUUCCAGAGGCUGCUCUUCUGACAAUCUUUCUGGUUAUCUGUCUUGCUGUCUUUCUGGUGCCAAACAAAUACUUUGGUUGGUUGGAGUAUUUCGGAUCCCUUGUGAAGGUUUUUCUCUUUAUCUUCAUUACACUCAUCUCCCUUGCAAUCAUUGGCGGUGCUGGUCCGUCAGGUUAUGUCAGAGAUGGAAGCACUUGGACCGACUUGCCAGUCUUCAAGAAUGGUUUCGGAGGCUUUGCAAAUGCCGCUCUACUUGCAAUCUGGGCUACUGGAGAUCAAGUCUUCAUCGGAGUAAUGGGCGGCGAAGCGGAAUCACCGCGAUAUUCCAUGGCGCACUCAGCAAAUCUAGUCCCCUGGCGAGUAGGAGUCUUCUAUCUCCUCUCCGUCGUACUUGUUUCUUUAAUUGUGCCGUCAGAUGAUUCGCGUCUACUGGGAAGUUCGAGUUCUGCUGCCUCUCCAUUCGUCAUUGCGGUGCAAAAUGCAGGACUCAAGGGCGUUCCCGACUUGAUCAACGCCUGCAUGAUCAUUGGAAUUACAGCAAUUGCACUGGAGAGCAUCUUCCUUCCGUCUCGGGUCCUUCGCACAAUGGCACUUCAAAAGCUCAUACCCUCCUUUUUGGCAAAGACGGAUGAAAUGGGAAGACCAAGAUGGGCUCUCUCUAUUACGGCCAUUGUGGCAAUUAUCUUGACUUAUAUGAGUUUAAGUGCGGGCGGAUUAGAAGUCCUGAAUUGGCUCAUCUCUAUCACAAGCACAUCUUUCUUCAUAAACUGGGCGAUUAUCGCCUUUACAUCUUUUCGAUUCCGCGCUGCGGUCAAAGCUCAGAAAAGCCAGAUCUUUAACGGACCUUAUGGCUGGAAAUCUGCUUAUUGGCCUCUUGCUCCGACAACGGUGUUGGUUAUUUCUACCUUUCUCCUGGUCUGUGUGCUGUAUUUGAGCAUCGACGGCGUGGCCCAGACCGGUUUCACUGUUUACAGUUUCUUCUCCUACAACAUUGGCCUUGUCUUGAUUGUUGUCUCAAUGAUCUUGUACAAACUCAUUUUACGCACACCCUGGCGUGAUCCAGCGAUGGCUGAUCUGGUGACUGCUCACCGCAUACUAUCAGCGAGUGAGAUACAAGAACUAGAUGCCUAUUAUCAGCGACCGAGCUGGCGACGAGUGGGUACAUAUUUACGGAUGUGGUAG